ACCCUCUCUCUUUGUGACCCUUUAUUUAUUCCUUUCUUUCCUUGUGGUUUCGUCUACAUCUCGUCCUCGAUUUGGCGUCGAACUCCCAUCGAGGAGCACAGCGAUAGGCGGCGAUCGAUCUCCGAAGGGUUCUCUCAUGUCGUCUGGAAACCAAGAUGGGAAGUCACCUUCAAAGGGAAGUGAUCCUUCAAAGGGAAGCGAUAGCUCUAAAUCUGAGGCACCGUCCUCGCAGCCGCAGCCACUACCAACCGACUUUCCUGGAAAUCCUUUUGAUUUCGCUUCAUUGACCAAUAUGCUGAAUGACCAAAGUAUAAGAGAGCUGGCACAACAGAUUGCAGAAGACCCUGUUUUUAACCAGAUGGCUGAACAACUCCACAAAAGUGUCCAAGGUGCAGGUCAAGAUGGCGUUCCUGCAUUUGAUACUAAUCAAUAUAUUUCAACUAUGCAGCAGGUUAUGCAUAACCCUCAAUUCAUGACAAUGGCUGAACGCCUUGGGAAUGCACUAAUGCAGGAUCCUGCUAUGUCCAAUAUUCUUGAGAAUAUGACCAAUCCUUCCAAUAAAGAAAAACUUGAAGAUCAAAUGUCACGUAUUAAGGAAGAUCCAACACUGAAGCCAAUCCUUGAUGAAAUUGAGACUGGAGGCCCAUCUGCAAUGAUGAAGUACUGGAAUGACCAAGAUGUUCUUAAAAAACUUGGCCAAGCAAUGGGAAUUGGAGUUUCCGGGGAAGCUGCAACUUCAGCUGAAAUUUCUGGCCCUGAAGAAGCAGAAGAAGCUGGAUAUGAGGAUGAGUCUAUUGUGCAUCAUACUGCUAGUACUGGUGAUGUUGAGGGCUUGAAGAGUGCUCUUGCUGCUGGAGCUGACAAGGAUGAAGAAGACUCUGAGGGAAGAAGAGCUUUGCAUUUUGCUUGUGGAUAUGGUGAGGUGAAAUGCGCCCAAGUGCUUCUUGAGGCUGGAGCUGCAGUGGAUGCAUUAGACAAGAACAAAAACACCGCACUUCAUUAUGCCGCUGGCUACGGGAGGAAGGACUGUGUGGCACUUCUUUUAGAACACGGCGCCGCUGUCACUCUACAAAAUUUGGACAAUAAGACGCCCAUCGAUGUUGCCAAGCUAAACAACCAAGAUGAGGUGCUGAAAUUGCUCGAGAAGGAUGCCUUUUUAUAGAUCUGCUGCAUCAUUUUAAGAUUGUGUGCCAGCAUGUUAUCCAGUUUCAUCCUUUCGCCAGAUAGCUAUGCAUGUUGUUACUCUCUUCACAGUGGCAUUAUUUGAUAUAUUGUCAGUGUUUUCGUUGCUUAUGUGGUUUAACUUUAAGUGUUGUGAUUAGUUACCUAUGCUCUUAAUAAUCUGUCGCAUCUGAACUUAUUUGUAUUUGUUUAUCAAGAAGCGGGGUUGUAUUGGAUGGUUUUUAUUGAAGUCUCUGUGUAAGUCUUUAUUGCUGUUCA